AUGAAGUUGUGUAACCGGGGAGCGCUGAUGCUGGUGACCACGGCGGUAUCCUUCAUAGCGUUCAGCCUGAUGACCAUCGCCGUGGGAACGGACUACUGGCUGUACUCCCGGGGCGUCUGCCGGUCCAAGACCUCGCUCCGUGACAAUGAGACCAUCCGCAAGAACGAGGUGGUGAUGACGCACUCCGGGCUCUGGCGUACAUGCUGCCUCGAAGGGACAUUCAGAGGAGUGUGUAAAGAAAUUGAUUACUUCCUAGAAGAUGCUGACUAUGAGCAGGAUGCUGCGGAAUACCUACUGAGAGCGGUGAGAGCCUCCAGUAUAUUCCCCAUAAUGAGUGUAGGUCUGUUGUUUCUGGGAGGAGUGUGUGUGGCCGGCAGCGAGUUCUACAAGACACGACAUAACGUCAUCCUCAGCGCCGGGAUACUGUUCGUCUCCGCAGGCCUCAGUAACAUUAUUGGCAUAAUUGUCUACAUAUCAGCUAACUCUGGUGACCCAGGUCAGAGUGACAGCAAGAAGAGUUACUCCUAUGGCUGGUCCUUCUACUUUGGGGCGAUGUCCUUCGUCCUGGCUGAGAUGGUGGGUGUCCUGGCGGUAAACGUCUUCAUAGAGCGACACCGACAGCUCCGUACCCGUGGCCGCCCCUCCCUCACCAAACCCCCCCUGUUCCGCUCCGCCUCCUACUGCAACCGUUACAACCGCUACAGACGCCGCUCCAGUUACCGCGGCAACAUGGACUCUCGUUACUCGAUAUCGUCAGCGGGGCAGCUGCGACCUCGUGAGCCCUCGCCGUUGCCGGCGACCCUGUACAUGUCAAAGGUUGUCGCCGCGGGUCCAUCGGGGUCGGAGCCCAAACUAACCCCGCCCAAUAACAAGAUGGCCGCCGCAGGAGGAGGAGGGGUGGAUGUCGGUAGGAAGUGUUUUCCUGUCACCACUGACAACCAUUCCCAACAACAAGGAGAUGUUGCCUAG